AUGGGAUCAAACGGCACCACCCAAAACGGAUCAAACUUCGUUUUGACCGGCGAUGCUCUCCACAAAGCUCUCCCCGACAUGGGGAUGGCAACCAGAGCCGUCCACGCCGACGACUUCGUCACUCCACACCGCGCAAUCGCACCAGGAAUGCACGUCGCCGUGAACUUUCGCUAUGCGAGAGACCCCGACCACCUCGUCCCCGAAGAAAAUAACGAUCCCAACGCCCCAGACGACUCCCAUGUCUAUUCCCGCUACACAGCCCCGAAUUCCAAACGCCUCGAAGUCCUCCUCCGCAGCCUCUUCGGUGGUGAAGUAAUAACCUACUCAACAGGCCUCUCCUCCUUCAUGGCAAUGGUCGUCCUCAUAAACCCUAAGCGCAUCUUCAUCGGCGACGGCUACCACGGCUGCCACGGCGUAAUAGACAUCAUCCACCGCCUAUCCGGCAUACAAAAACUAGAACUAUCCGACAUCGACCAAGCCCAAGCCGGCGACAUAAUCCACGUCGAAACACCGCUCAAUCCAACCGGCGAAGCGCGCAAUCUAGCCUACUACCGCGCCAAAGCAACCGAGAAGGGCGCAUACUUGACAGUCGACGCGACGUUUGCGCCGCCGCCGCUGCAGAAUCCGCUCGAGCUGGGCGCGGACGUCGUCAUGCAUUCGGGCACUAAGUAUGUGGGCGGUCACUCGGAUAUGCUGUGCGGGUUGCUUGUGCUGCAUGAGGAUCGGGUUCGGGAGGGCUGGUUGAAGACAUUGCAUCGGGAUCGGCAGUAUAUGGGGGGUGUUAUGGGGAGUUUUGAGGGGUGGUUGGGGAUUCGGUCGGCGAGGACGAUGCAUUUGCGUGUUAUGCGGCAGGCGCAGACUGCUGAGAGGCUUGUUGCGUGGAUUCAGGAGCAAAUUGUUGACAAGACUGCCAAUCCGGUGAAUCGGGUGCUUGAGCGGGUGCAGCAUGCUUCUAUCCAGUAUGAGGAUUUGAAGGAUGGAUGGCUGAGGAAGCAGAUGCCUGGUGGUUUUGGGCCUGUGUUUUCUAUUUGGGCGAAGAGUGCUGAGCAUGCGAGGCGGUUGCCGAGUAAGAUGUUUGUUUUUCAGCAUGCGACUAGUUUGGGGGGUGUGGAGAGUUUGAUGGAAUGGCGGGCGAUGAGUGACGCUGGCUGUGAUCCGCAUUUGUUGCGCGUUAGUUGUGGCAUUGAGGAGUUUGAGGAUUUGAAGAAUGAUAUUCUGCAGGGGUUCAAGUCUUUGUUGGACGAAAGUUGA